AUGUGGCAAGGAGCUCUUGUUGAUGGUAGACAGGAAAGUUUGAGUAUGAGCACAGUUGAAGAAGAGUCUGACACAGUGACAGUAGAAACCGUGAACUCUGUGACUUUGACUCAGGACACUGAAGGGAACCUUAUACUUCAUUGCCCUCAAAAUGAAACUGAUGAAGUAGACUCUGAAGACAGCACUGAACCUCCACACAAGCGGCUUUGCUUAUCAGAGGAUGAUCAAAGCCUUGAUGAUUCCACUCCUUGCAUUUCUGUUGUUGCAGUUCCAAUUUCAGAAAAUGAUCAGAGCUUUGAGGUGACCAUGACUGCUAUGACUGAGGUAGCUGAAGAUGAGAUCAAUGAAGGAACUGUUACUCAGAUUCAGAUUCUUCAGAAUGAACAGCUGGAUGAAAUCUCCCCAAUGGGCAACGAAGAAGUGUCAGCUGUUAGUCAAGCCUGGUUCACAACUAAAGAGGAUAAAGAUUCGCUAACAAAUAAAGGCCAUAAGUGGAAGCAAGGCAUGUGGUCGAAGGAAGAGAUUGACAUUUUGAUGAGUAACAUUGAGCGUUAUUUAAAGGCCCGUGGAAUAAAAGAUGCCACUGAAAUUAUAUUUGAAAUGUCAAAAGAUGAAAGGAAAGAUUUCUACAGGACAAUAGCUUGGGGUCUGAAUCGGCCUCUCUUUGCUGUCUAUAGAAGAGUUCUUCGUAUGUAUGAUGACAGAAACCACGUUGGAAAGUAUACUCCUGAGGAAAUUGAAAAGCUCAAAGAGCUGAGAAUAAAGCAUGGUAACGAUUGGGCCACAAUAGGAGCUGCGCUGGGGAGAAGUGCUUCCUCAGUAAAAGAUCGAUGCAGAUUGAUGAAGGAUACCUGCAACACAGGAAAGUGGACGGAGAAAGAAGAAAAAAGGCUGGCAGAAGUAGUGCAUGAGCUGACAAGCACAGAACCAGGUGACAUUGUCACACAAGGUGUAUCGUGGGCUGCCGUAGCAGAACGGGUCGGGACACGCUCUGAAAAGCAAUGCCGCUCUAAAUGGCUCAACUAUCUCAACUGGAAACAAAGUGGGGGCACUGAGUGGACCAAGGAAGAUGAAAUAAAUCUGAUCUUGAGGAUAGCGGAACUUGAAGUUUCUGAUGAAAAUGACAUCAAUUGGGAUUUACUAGCUGAAGGAUGGAGUAGUGUCCGCUCACCACAGUGGCUUCGGAGUAAAUGGUGGACCAUUAAAAGACAGAUUGCAAACCACAAAGAUGUUUCAUUCCCUGUGCUGAUAAAGGGUCUUAAACAACUCCAUGAGAACCAAAAAAACAAUCCAGGGCACCAGCUUUUGGAGAACAAAUCUGGAAGUGGAUUACCCAACGCUAAUUCCGGUUCGGGAGUUCAGCACGUGCAGAUUCGAGUGGCUCGCUUAGAGGAGAACGCAGGCAACGCACCAAGCCCCGUGGCAGCUUUGCAGAUUCCAGUCCAGAUUACACAUGUCUCCUCAACCGAUUCCCCUGCUGCUACUGUUGACUCUGAGACAAUAACACUGAACAGCGGAACACUGCAGACCUUUGAGAUUCUUCCAUCUUUCCAUCUCCAGCCGACUGGGACACCAGGUACAUACUUACUACAGACAAGCUCAAGCCAAGGCCUUCCCUUAACGCUGACGACAAGUCCUACCAUGACCUUAACAGCUGCUGCUGCUGCUCCAGCCUCCCCAGAACAGAUCAUAGUCCAUGCCUUAUCCCCAGAGCACUUGUUAAAUACAAGUGACAACGUCACAGUGCAGUGCCACACGCCGAGUGUCAUAAUCCGCACCGUGGCUGCUGAAGAUAUCUCCUCCUCUGUCACCCAGGCAGAACUUACCGUCGAUUCAGACAUUCAGUCAGCUGACCUGACAGAUCCUCCUGAUUCCCUAGAAACAAAUACUUUCCCAGCUGAGAUCCAUCAGUCCAAGCUAAGUGAGGAGGAGCAGGCAGCCUACAAUGAGGAUGAUGCCUCCAAAUUCAGCAGCAGGAGUAGUAGUGAACUGAUGGAUGGAGUUAUGGUAAGAACCGAGGAAGAGAUUUCAGAUGCCAGCCUGAAACAGGAAGAGGAUUCUCACUCUGAUUUACCCAGCACUUAUGUUACUGAG